CAAAACCGAAACGAAGGAGAAAAUGGGUUUGAAGUCAGCAAAUAUUGUUGCACUUGUGUUACCUCUACUUCUUAUACUUUUCACUCUUUCCUCUCAAGUCGAAGUCGUGGAAUCUACAGGGCGUAAACUUGCAUUUUGGGGAAAUCCUAUCGUGUGGACUCCACACUCAAAUUCAUGUGGAGGUUCUCCAGCAUCAGUAUUUUCUUCUUCCAAGUGGACGACAGGCCAACCAUGCAGACGUAGUCGUCCUCCAGGAACUAAUAUCCCUGUUUCUGAUCAAUCUCCAUAAUACUUUGAGUUUGAGUUACUCUGUGUUAGAAUUUUAAAGUGUAUGUUGUUUUUUGUUUUAGUUUUGUGUCUCAAGUGUAGAGGAAUGUUAUCAUCACCUACUAUGAAUAAAUGAAGGAACUAAUA